CCGGUUUUGUCGAGCGAGUUGCUUCUGUCUGCAUGCUUGAGGAAAUCAGAAUCAAGUGUUUUCUUAUUUAAAAACUUGUGUUAACAUGAGUGAUACUGUAGCACAAGAUCAAGAGCAGGAAAAUAACAGGGCACAGGAUAUAUUACCAAAUGAAGAAGGGAUUUCGAUGCCCAUUCAAGACGAUGGUAUGGCUGUUAGCCAGCGCCAACAUGAAAAUCAGCCGAAUCACUUCAAACUUAAUUUGCCUGAAACCGAAGAAGAUCCGAGUUUGAGAUGGGUGAUUCUUGAUGCCUGGAAAAUCACACAAUGUGGGAAAGUCCACCGCUUCCGUAAGGCUCGUCUUGGCUGUUACAUACUUCUGGGAGAGAGGGCAUAGAAAGAUUAUCGUCUGUAUCCCAGAGUGGAUGAGAAAAGAACAUAUUCUAAUUAGCGAUAUACAUUAUUUGAAUGAACUACAGCGCCAUCUGCAGGACUUCUUGGUCUAUACACCCGAUGAAGCAGGGAAAACCAGUGUGUGUCACAACUUCAUGGAAAAACUUUCAAAGCACUGUGAUGCCAUGAUAAUUACUCUGACAGGCCCAGACAGCUGGAGUGAAACAAACGACAGAAUUCUUCAGUUCAUGUUUAUGAAGGAUGCCUUCAAGUUACCUGUUGACCCAAAGAGUAAAAAUAAUGGACCAAAUCAAGCCCAUUAA